AUGGCGUCUGGCACAGAGAGUGAUGGAGCUUCUGACACCCCAGAAAUCUAUAAAGACCCAGAUGAUGGGAGGCAGCGAUUCUUGCUUGAAUUGGAGUUCAUCCAAUGUCUCGCAAAUCCCACAUACAUCCACUAUUUGGCUCAAAAUCGGUACUUUAAAGAUGAAGCGUUUAUUGGGUACUUGAAAUAUCUUCAGUAUUGGCAGCGUCCUGAGUACACCAAGUUCAUAAUGUACCCUCAUUGCUUGUUUUUCCUUGAGCAACUCCAAAAUGCAAACUUUCGCAAUGCGAUGGCACAUCCUGACAACAAGGAAUUGGCACAUAGGCAGCAAUUCUACUCCUGGAAGAACUAUAGGCACAACCGUUUGAAACACAUAUUACCGAUGCCUCUUCCUGAAUCUGAAGAUGCACCGCCUGCUUCUGCUCCGCCUCUGCAAUUUAAUAGGAAGAGGAAGUGCGUGUAA